AUGGCGCCGAAAAAGCGCAAGUCGGGCGCUGGUGGCGCUGUUGACACGCUGUCUGGGAAGAAGGCGAAACCCGUUGCAGACCAUGACCCGGCACAGUGGCAGUACAUCCACCAGGACUGGGAGAGCGCGUCGGGAAUCGCAAGAGCCUUUUCCAUAGGGCCGAAGGAGAGCAAGGCCGUGCGAGAGUUGGUUGUUGGUGUCCCUGACCUCAUUCGGAACCGAUUGGAGGCUGCAGUGAAAGUUUCGCUUUUUCUGGACAGAGUCAUCAACGACCACGAUCAAGCAGCGCCGGGCGUGAAGAAGGCCCUCACAUACAAAGAGGCAGUCAAGGUUCACCAGAGCUGCGGCGGUUUCCUCUUUUUCUUGCAAAGGUUCAAGCAGCUGUGCCCCGAGAAGGAUUACACUAAGUUUUCUGACUCACUCAGAUCACAGUUCAUGAGUGGGUUCCUGGACGCCGACUUGAUCACCACGUUGGAGGAACAGGUCCCAAAUGCAGCAGAGGUUUCAGAAGUCAAGGCUUUCAGGCCUCUUAUUUUGCAGAUCGAACGGGGCCGCACUGACGAGAAGGAAGCGGCCGCGCAGGCGUUGGCCAGAGAUGUUGCCAAGGCGACCCUUGCAGAGAUCCAGGGAAUGUUUGCAAGGGACAUGGAGAUCCUGAAGCUGAAGCUCCCUGGCAAAGCAGACCAGGCAGCUGAGACUGCGCGUGAUGUGAAGAAGGGCCGCCAAUUUGCAGAAGAGUUCAUGAAGGCCAAGUGUUGCUUGGUGCCCGUUGACGACGAUAUGCAAACCAUUGGGACCAGUGAGUUCCUGAAGUUCAUGGAGCCUAUGUACGUUGUCGCUUGCCUUGAUGUGACUGUCUUUCCCGCGAGCGCUGAAAGGGUCAAGGCAGCCUACAACAUCCUUGGCGCGGUGUGCGCAAUGAGCAGUUCACAUUGUGGCUGGGUCUUGAUGCCGGUCUUCCAGACACAAACAGCCGAGACCGCCUUGAUGAAACACCGUCGCUCCAUCGAGGAUGGUUUGAUGAAAUCCUCUAUCAACUUGACCAAUGAGGUGGCAAUUCUGUUUGAGAAACCAGAAGGUGUUCGGGAUGGCCGGCCAAUGUCGCAACCUGCUCGCGUUGCCAUUCACACCAACUACGUGCAGACUUCACCGUUCCUGGAGAGCGACGCUGUCCAGACAGCCCGUUGUGGACCGUGCCAGCUGAUCAAGAUUUCCGACUUCAUCGGCUUCGAUCCAGAUUCAAGGCAAGCAGAAUUCGGCCGAGCUUGCUUGCAGACCUUCCUGGAGGAAUCCUCAACUCCUGUACACUACUUGGGGCUGGUGCGUGAGAAGAAUCACGCUGAGCUACGUUCAGCUUUCGAGAGUGAGAUCUAUAAGUAUUGGGACAACCAUGGAACUUUGUCUCCGCCCAAAACCCGACCUCCGACAACGACGAGAACCGUUGACACUGAAAGCUUGGGCCUUGAGAUGAUUGCCAUGGACAACAGCACUCCGGUGUUUCCCCUUGAAGUCGUUUUGAGCAGGUUCCGCAGUAGUGGGGCUGCAGAGCAGGAGGAAGUGAAGAAGAUGCAGGCAAGGUUCCACGAGGUCUACCCACCUCCCCAGCCUACUGGGCCUGGAACAAACCAGAGGCCAGCUUCCACCACAAUCCGCGCUUCGGGGCAAUGUGACUUCAGCAUCGACGACGGGAGGCAGCCCCUCGACGUGUCGAGGAUGCUGGAUCUGCUUUGCGUGCCUGUUGGUGAAGUUCCAGCGGCGAGGCUUGGCGCUAGUUUGGGCAAAGGUGGCAAACCCACUGUGGUGAUUGACACCUCGCACCACAUUUGGCUGCUCAACUCUUCGGACCAAGCAAUGCAAGUGACUGCUGGUGAGCUGUCUGGCUUCGGCACGGGUCAGUUUUCGGUCACUGUCGAUUGCGAGGAGGUGCUACCUGGUGGGCUUCCAUGGGUCCUCAAGAGUGAUUUGGACCUGAUUGCGCAUGACAAAUCGCCGACUGCGUUGUGUGUCUUUUUGCGCAAGCUGGCGGUUGAGGGAGGCUUGGCCGACAUCGACGUCGAGUACCAUAUCCUCGUCCCCAAAGUUCUGAGCGCCAAAGAGGAGUGGGAUGUGACCCGGCUUGGCUCCAAGAAGACGUGUGUUUUCAAGCCGAGCCCGCUUGAUGGUGAGCCUGCAAGUCGCGACAAUCUCCGAAGGGCAGUCCUGGGAGCUGUUUUCCACGGUGAUUACCAGAAAGUCCCGCGUGGCAACAAACGGGUUGCAUUGACUUGGGAGGUGGAGUACUCAUCAUCGCCGCCGAAGCUUUUACCAGUCAAGCCCAAGGUCUAUUUGCUUGCAGCUCUGAGCAUUCCGGCUGGCUCAGCUGUGGAUUUGUGGGAGGCCAGGCCUGUUUUUGAUUGCAGGGAAUCGGAAGCACACUUUCCGAUCGCGCCGCUCUAUUUGUCAGGAGCCGGUGAUCGCGCUGAUGAGGAUAAGGAUGCAGCUGCCGCAGCAGCAGCAGCAGCUGGCUCGUCUACCGGGCCGAAGAAGAGGCCGAGCGCAAAGUUGAGCGAGGAUGACAGCUAUUCUCACUUGGAGGACUUGGCAGUGGAGAAGUUGAAGGCCGGCGAGCCCUUGGACGUUGUAAAGGCCAUGACGAAUUCCAUGAAGCAGGCAAUUUUUGAGAAGCGCCGAUCGGAGACAGGGCAGGCAGCAGCCGCCAAUUCUGGCGAGGCUGUUGGUGGUGCGGACGGUGAAGCUGCCGCCAGUGGUGAAGCGGCAGCCGCCGAUGCUGAAGCGGCAGCUGGACCUGGAGCGGAUGAUGAAGACCCCGAUCAUUUUGACGAGGCGAUGGAGGAAGAAGACCGAGAGGAUGAUGCGGCGGUGAGCGCCGAUGGCCGGUUGAUCGAAGAAGCUGCCGAAAACGUAGAUUGA